UUAAAAAAUUUCCGUUCCUUUCCUUACCAAAUAAAAUACGAAUAAAAGUAUUCUAUUAGAAGAUAAAAAUGCGCCAACGGAUAAUAUCCUUAAAUAAAAACGUUGCAAUAUUUUUGCAUGCAAGAAAAUAUGCCAGCAAAGCUCCUGCUAAAAAGGCGCACUGCGACGCUCACAUGAACGAGCUGCCCAUCCCGUGCGGCCCGUGGGAGGAAUACUACAGCGAACGACAAUCAUUCUACAACAAGUGGCUGGCCGUCGGGGUGAUAUGGUGGCUAUUCUCACUGGGCAUGGUGGUAUACACGGACAGCGUGUUUCUGAACUGGAGCCCUCCCUCACACCCCGCGGCUCCGAGCAACAUGGCCGAUGAGUGCGAAGAUGAGGAAUAGGACCCUUUGUUUAUGUUUUGUUGGCGGAUGAGUGUGGACACGACGA